AUGAGUACAGAGGAAGCGUCCACAACUCUACAGCCUCAGUCCAGUGUUUCACGCUCGCGCCGGGAGUCUCGAGAAGACUGUUUUUCUGAAGACCAUGAGGGUGACGACAGGACAUCGCUCGUCGAUGGUGUCGCUUACCUAUCUUUAUGUGCCUCUGGUACUACAGAUACCACCUCAGAGCCUUACUAUGUAGGCUCUAGCUCUGGAGCUACCAUUGCUCGCAUCAUCCAAUCAUCUAUUUUCCGAAGCUCAAGCAAGAGAUCAGGCCACCCACCCAUACACCAGACAGAUCAAAGCUCAAAGAACGCGAGACCACCUCCACCUCCAGAGUCUAUCCAUUCAGAGGAGCCGACGACUGAUUUCCCCGACUGGCAACAAGCCCGCAUGCUUUUUGAUGUUUUCUUCGAACGUAUCCAUACACGUUGGCCAUUGCUCGACCGUGUGGUCUACACUAAACUCUUUGACAAGCAGUACAUUCAAGGUGCUUUGACCAUCAUUGAACGCAGCAUAUUUCAUCUUAUAUACGCGAUCACUGCUCGCUUCUUGUCUUUGACGCGGAAGCCAUGUGGUAUAGAUUCCGAUCGUCAUCUCGUUGCGGCGACUGAGCCAAUGGAUUAUAUAUUGGCUCAACACAACCUCGCGACCGUCCAGUUUCUCAUACUUCUCGGAGUCCACGGUCAGAGGUCGCCUUAUGGUGCAGGGGCUUGGUCUCAGAUUCGCUAUGCCACAUCAGUCUGUAUUGAGAUGGGUCUGCAUAGGAAGAGAGCUUUCAUAGGUUCACCGGAACAAGCGAGAGAUGCAGAGAUACGGCGCCGCGCGUUUUGGGCAUGCUACUGUCUUGAUCGAGUGACUAGUAUCGUGCUUGGAAGAGCAUUUGCCAUCGCUGACAGAGAUAUCAAUGUUGAGCUCCCGAGCACCAGCCCAGAGUUUUGGACCUUGACCCAUACAGAAGCUCCAGAUGCAGACAAGGUUCAGUGGUCGAAUAUUGAGCCCUACAUACAUAUCAUCAAGUUGGAUCAGAUACAGUCAAGGAUCCACAGAACAGUAUUCCGUGUCGAUCGGGACGUUUUCAACGAGACAUCCGAGCAGCAUGCGAAGCUAGAUCGAAAGAUGGCCAAAAUCCGUGCAGACCUCGAUGAGUGGCUGCGCACGUAUCCCCAGACUCCUAAAAAGGAGAACAAGAUCACCUGGAUGUACGACCCCGAGAGUGCGUACCUUGACGCGCGAGACUUCUAUGGUGUUCAAUACCACAAGGCAAUGCUGUUCCUUUUUACAGUCUUUUUGCCUACUCUAGACACGUCGGAUGUGCGCUUCAUUACUUGCGCACGCUCGGCAGCUUGUGUCUGCAAUGCGUACAAGCGACUGAGUCAGAACCGGACACUGACUUACACCAUGAUAUCACUGCAUUCGUGUUUUGUAGCUGGUCUGACACUGGUAUAUUGUAUCUGGCGCGAACGUUCGCUAUUCUCCUAUGAUGUCCUUGAGGCGACGCGGGCUUGCUCUCAGAUUCUCACCAUAUUUGGCGAGAAAUGGCCCGGCGCUGUCAAGUAUCGCGACAUAUUCGAUGCGCUUUCCGGCAGCCUGUUCAAGACGGUUGUUAACUCAACAUCCACGACAACGGUACAUACCAACGGCUCCCGACCACUUCAGUUAGACAUGGACGCAGAACCAGCAAUGAAUGGUUUUACUUCGCACAGUCGACAAGCAAGCCACGAGCAAGUUUCACAAAGCACAAGUCAAAGUAGCAAGCCUACCUUGUCUCACUUGGUCACCGAUGCUGUGAAAGAGGCUUUCAUGGAGGUUGAUGAAGAAGCUCCUGGUGGGUGGCAGGGAUGGAGAAUGUGGAAUGAGAUGGUAAGAGACGACAGUACGCCCAUCCCUGGUUCGGCAAUGAGAUUCGAUGGAGUUGCUCAAGGGCAAGCGCAGACGAGUUGGAAUGCUUAUGAAGGUUCUGCCUUCUAUGGGGUGGACCCGAUUCAAGAUGCAACAAUGCAAAUGGAUAAUGGCGCAAUGAUGGAUAGCAGCCAAUGGAAUUUUGGAGUUUACCGGUAGAUCCAAUCCUCCAACCAAUGUCAUUCGGAUUUCUCA